AUGGCUGAGGGUAAAAGGAGCAGUCAAAUAUUUACCGGUGCUCGAGUUCUAGGUUAUGUGAGCACACAUGUGCCCUUUGUAGCUCGUUUUAUUAAAAGACGAGGUGAAACACUUGUAUGUACGAGCGUAGGGAAGUGGUUUCACACAUAUGGAUGUGACAAAUUUCGACUUUUAAGUGUAAGUGGCGAGCAUCCAGGACCUAUAUCAUGUAUGUGUGGUGAUAGUUUCCAUGUAUACACAGCAAGUGGAAACAACAUUUACGCCUGGAGACGAGGCUGUGAACUAAAGCAUGUAUAUAAAGGACAUCAAGCACCUGUUCACAAGCUCUUACCUUUUGGUAUACAUAUUAUAUCUAUUGAUGAAGAUAAUGUUUUGAAAAUUUUUGACAUUAAAGAAGAAACCGAGUUUCUGGAUCUACGUUUUGAUGAGGAGAAUUUUAAGGUAACAACGAUAUGUCAUCCUCCCACUUACCUUAAUAAAAUAUUACUCGGUAGUGAACAAGGUCAACUUCAAUUAUGGAAUAUUCGUACGGCCAAGUUAGUUUUUACAUUUAAAGGGUGGAAUUCAGCUGUUACUGUAACAGAACCAGCUCCCGCAAUCGACGUUGUAGCUAUUGCUCUUCGAAAUGGGAAAAUAAUUCUUCACAAUCUUCGCUAUGACCAGGUGGUUACAGAGUUUAUUCAUGACUGGGGUAUGGUUAGUUGUUUGUCUUUUAGAAUGGACGGAGUACCCAUGAUGGUAACGGGAAGUACACAAGGACAUUUAGUCAUGUGGGAUUUAGAAGAAAAGAGAGUCAAAACUCAGAUUCAGUCUGCACACUUUUCAAAAGUAGCUGGAUUGCAAUGCUUAACUUCAGAACCAAUUAUGAUAACAAAUUCUCAAGACAAUUCCUUGAAAAUGUGGAUAUUUGAUAUGCCUGAUGGAGGUGCAAGGCUCUUAAAGAUAAGGGAGGGUCAUGCACUACCACCAAACUUAGUGAGGUAUUGUGAACCAAAUGGUGAAAACAUAUUAGCUGCCGGAAGAGACAGCAGUUUACAUAUUAUGAAUACAAUAACAGAAACUUUUAACAAGAGUAUGGGUAAAGCAUCAUACAACCGAAAGGCAUCCAAAAAGAAAAAAAGAACACAAUACGAUCAUCAGAUUCUUCCUGCUAUAACAAAGUUGAGUUCGUGUAUGUUAAGGGAUAAACAAUGGGACAGUAUUGCUUCCCUGCAUGAGGGAAUGUACCUGGCUACAACUUGGUCAUACAAUAAAAUAUGUAUGGGAAAACAUAAGCUGAAACCUCCAGAAAUGGAGAAGCGUGUUCUAGCAACUUGUUUGAUUGUAACACAUUGUGGAAAUUUUGUCAUUGUUGGUUACAGUAAUGGCCAAGUACAUAAAUUCAAUAUGCAGUCAGGUUUAUAUAGAGGUCACUAUGGCAAUGAGAAAAGGGUCGCUCACAAAGGAGCGAUAAGGGGAGUAGAAACAGAUCUAUGCAAUCAAAGAGUUAUAACUGUUGGUGCUGAUGACCGGUUGAAGUUUUGGCAUUUUAAAGCAGCAACAACUCCAUAUCACGUUUUGAAAUUAGAGGAAUCUGUUAAUAUGACAAAAUGUCAAAGGGAAAGUGGUUUAUUGGCAUUAGCUAAUGAAGACUUCUCUAUAACACUUAUAGAUAUUGACACAAUGAGAGUCAUAAGAAAAUUUGAAGGACACAUUGGAAAAAUUAAUGAUAUCGAUUUUGAUUGUCAGAGCCGGUGGCUGGUUACAACGUCAAUGGACUGCACUAUAUGUACGUGGGAUAUACCGAGUGCUCAGCUUGUUGAUAUUUUUUGUGUGGAACAACCAUGCACUUCUCUCAGUAUGUCACCGACAGGUGAUUUUUUGGCUACUACACACGUUGGAGAAUUAGGCGUCUUUCUAUGGGCGAACAGACACUUGUAUGAUAAAAUAUUCCUCAAACCAAUUGACAGAAACGCCGUUACUAUUCCUCAGCUUAAGCUACCUACGUCCACUGCGGAAAAACCUGACAUUGACGACAUAGGAAUGAUUGACUUGGGCGAAGAACCCGAAUAUAAAUCUCCUGAACAAAUUAGUGAAGAACUUCUUACUUUGUCUGGUCAACCAACGUCGAGGUGGCUGAACUUGCUUAAUCUGGACAUUGUAAAAAGACGCAAUAAGCCGAAAACUCCUCUCACUGUACCUAAAUCAGCGCCUUUCUUUUUACCGACCAUACCUAGCCUUGAACUUGAAUUUGAUUUGGAAAAAGAAAAACAGAGAGAUUCGAAUAAGCUAUUAAUUCCUGACUCAUUGUCAACGUUAACACCAUUCGCUAAGAAAUUAAAUGCUUGUGAAAAAGUAGAGGAUUAUUAUGAAUGUUUGGCAAAACUAAAAUCAUUAUCACCUUCCUCUAUUGAAGCCGAAGUAACAAGCAUGGCGCCUGAUGCCGGAGGGAGUCUCGAAGUUAUGAAACAGUUUCUUAAAAUGUUAGAUAUUUUGCUUCGAUCUAAUAAAGAUUUUGAAUUGGCUCAGUCGUAUUUAAGUUUGUUUUUGAAAACUCAUACAAAGACGAUAUCACAGGAAGAAGAAAUACGCAAAUCGUUAGAAUCUGUCGAAGAAUCUGCAACAGAAUCUUGGUCAAGAUUACAGAAUUAUUUAUUGUACAAUAUAUGCGUGGUGAAAUCAUUAAAAGAUAUGUAAAAUAAAAA